AAGUCCUUCUGCUGGUUGCGUGACCACGCCUACAAGGCUUGGCAGAGUAAUUUAAAUCCUUUUGCGUAUAGUUUCUGUUCGUAUCGACUAAACAACACGAGAGAUGGACUACAAAGAACAUGUUGAGCAGGUUGUAUCCACCGCGCAGUUCGGAGAUUUGAUCGAGUUCUCGUACCCCGUUGGCUACUCGCACUGGGGCGUGUACGACGGAGAUGGGUACAUCAUUCACUUUGCUGUUGCCGAUGAAAGUCAGGUGACGAGUACGUUUCGAAAUUGUCUGCAGACUAUCUUCCCUAUUUGUGGUGAUCUUUUGCUUGGAGAAACUAAGAUCCGGCGUCAGCUUCUGUCUGAAGUUAACGUGCCAAAAGGAGCUCGUGUUUCAGUGAGCAAUAACCGGCACGCUCUCGAGCCUUCACCUGUGGAUGAAAUUAGAAAACGACGAGAUGCUUUACUGGACAAAGAGUUUACUUACAAACUCUUCACACACAAUUGUGAGCACUUUGCCACAUUUGUCCGCUCCGGUAAAGCUAUGUGCAAUCAGAUUCCAGGGAAGCCCAAAAACAAGGAAUGUGUGGAAUCUACAGAAUCAUUUAGCUACCUUGUGCCAUCGAGUUAACCUACUGAAUACCAAGAACUACAGAUUAUCACAAUAAUAAUAUAUUAUGUUUGAUUAUAAGGAUAUUUCUCACACACUCAUUAAACCAGUUAAUGUUCCUGCUUGAUGUCAUGGAAAAGGGUUCUUCGCACUGAUCUGUAAUAGUAUAUAUAUCCUCACUUUCUUCACUGUGCCUGCAGGUCUUGUUUGGUCUCCUAGCCUUAUCAAGCUGGUUUUAAAAUGGUUUUGGGUUCAGACCAGGAGACCAGCUUGAUUAUGCAGAAAGAUCAUAUUAUUCCAGCUAAAACCUAUACCUAUAUUUUUUCAGCAAAAAUGUAGUCAAAAUGUACAUUGAAUGUUUAGUAAAGGUGUUCACAUGUU